CUUACAUCCAACUCACGUCGUUAUCGGUACUCUGUUUCCGAGAAGGGUUCGAGCUGCGAAUCAGCAGCCAUAUUCUGCACAUUGCAAGACAACUGGACAGCCGUGAGUGCGUCAACAGGCGUCGCAAUGGUAGAACGCAGCCAGCUUCAUGCUCGACUGACGGUGUAUCGUGCAUCCCUUCGUCGUCACCAAUGUCGCUGAAUCACGAGGAGAUGCUGACUGGGACGGGUUAUUCUCCGUAUGUUUUCUGGACGCACAAACUGCGUCUUCGAAGUGCUUUGCGCUGUGACUCUAAAAGACAGUGUCCCUUGCGGGCGACGGAUGUAUAUAUGAAAGGCCGAACGAUUAUCCUGCAUCUUGUCUCCUCCUUGAUCGCACUCUGAUCAACAAAUCAUUCGUCCCAACAAUAAUCAGACGACAGAGACUAGUCUUCUGCUCAAUCUCUUCCAAUAUGUCUACUAUCCCAGAGCAAAUGAAGGCGGCAUGCCCCACCAACGUCAAGAAGCCGAUGGGGGUCAAAGCGAUCCCAGCGACAAAGGGCCGUAAGGAUAGCGAACUGCUGCUAAAGAUCGUGGCCGCAGGAUGGUGCCACACGGAUAUACACGUGUCAGAAGACAGCAAUGAGGCAAUGAAAAAGGUUGGCGACGAGCUCGGCUCAAGCUUCUACGACACCAGUCCAGGCGUCGGCCGUCGUAAUCAACGUCAAAGCAGGCUUCCUCCCAAGCUGCGCGCAAAACCUCCUGUGCAACGGAAGUUUCCCUGUCGAUGCCGGCCUGUCUUCAUUCAACAGAUUGGAGGUUCAUCCCUUCGCUUUAAAGUUCAAGAGGCAACACAUCCGAGACAGGCUGACCUGCACACCAUGUGA